UUUCGUUUCUAAAUAAUGGCGCAGAGCAAGUUUAAUGAUAUGGCGGGCAAAUUCGCCAAGGGCGGACCACCAGGUUUGAGCAUUGGCUUGAAAGUGAUGGCUGCAGUCGGUGUUGCGGCUUAUGGCGUUUCCCAAUCCUUGUUUACUGUGGAAGGUGGUCAUCGCGCCAUCAUGUUCAACAGAAUAGGAGGUGUGCAGCAGCAUGUCAUGACCGAAGGAAUGCACAUCCGCGUUCCAUGGUUUCAAUACCCCAUUAUCUACGAUAUUCGUUCUAGACCUCGCAAGAUUUCAUCACCCACCGGUUCCAAAGACUUGCAAAUGGUAAACAUUUCGUUGCGCGUGUUGUCACGCCCUGAUGCCAGUAUGCUGCCCACCAUGUACAGACAGCUUGGCACUGAUUACGAUGAGAAAGUUCUACCGUCAAUUUGCAACGAAGUUCUAAAAUCCGUAGUCGCGAAAUUCAAUGCAUCACAGUUAAUUACACAACGUCAGCAGGUAUCUUUGCUUAUCAGACGAGAACUAGUGGAGCGUGCCGCUGACUUUAAUAUUAUCUUGGAUGAUGUGUCCCUCACUGAGCUCAGUUUUGGAAAAGAAUAUACUGCGGCCGUUGAAGCGAAACAAGUAGCUCAACAAGAAGCUCAGCGGGCCGCUUUUGUAGUAGAAAGGGCUAAGCAAGAGCGACAGCAGAAGAUUGUCCAGGCUGAGGGUGAGGCUGCAGCAGCUGAGAUGUUGGGCAAAGCCAUGGGCAUGAACCCUGGAUACCUUAAACUGCGCAAGAUUCGAGCAGCUCAGAGCAUUUCCAGAAUGAUUGCACAGUCACAAAACAGAGUCUUCUUGCCCGGUAACAGCUUGAUGAUCAACUUGCAAGAUCCCACCUUCGAUGACCUGUCUGAAAAACUGACAAAGAAGAAGUAACAUUGGGUCUCGGUGGAGAGCGCUGAAGAACUGGAGCCAGCGCCUCUUACUGAAGAUGAUGAAGCUACUGCUAUAAUCAGUGGCGCUGCUUCAGUUGCUGUAUAGUGCUGUGUUGCCAGAUCAUUUCAGUGUAUAAAGUCUGUCUAAUAAUAAAUUUCAAUAUAACAAAUUGCAUUUUAUGUUAUUUAGUUGUAGGUCUAUAGUUGUAUGGAAAACAUUUAUGAAAGUA